AAAUCUGACGGAUGGAGAUCACUGAAUUUCGCUCUCACACCAACAUGCCUAUCGGUCAAUAAGCAGUCUAAAGAGUGGCUGCUCUAAUCUCUCAAACCUGAGUAGAAAUUCCGAGGCAAAGCUGGAAGCUGUGGAAUUUAUUCCCUGUAAGUUUCUUUGGAGACCAAAGUUUGAAAUUUUUGUUGGGGUAGUUUGUGUAAUUUGAAUUUUGUUCAGAUAUGUGAAAUCUAGUAAGUAGUAGUUGAAAUUGACUUUAAUUUGAGUGUUUUGUAGUUUAAACCGAAAUGGGUUUGUUAAUUAUGAUGAAUGGCCAAAUCGGUAUUUCUCGUUUUGGAAAAAAUGAGACUUUUACUUUAGAUUAUAGGUGUCAAGGGUUCCCAUUAUUGAAAUCUUGCAAACCCCUUUUUGUUGCUCAUUUGAAGAGUAAGAAUGUGAAAAGGGCUUAAAGUGUUGUUGUGAGGAAGAGUUGUUGUGGGAGAAUUUAUGCUGUGGUGAAAGAAGAUUCUGAUAAGAGGGUGGUUGGAAGUGAAGGUGGGGCUCUUGAGAAUGAGUUUGAGUUUAAGUCGUCUUUUAGUGAGUAUUUGAAGGCUAUGGAGUCAGUUAAAAGUAACCAAGGGAUGCAACAAGCUAGUAAGUUUGGUAGAGAUAGAAUGAGGGAUGCUUUAAAGGGAAAGUAUAUGUCAAAAACAGUGUCUUUGGGGAGAGAUGAUGAAAAGGUUAAAUUGAUGGAUGAAAAAGCGAUUUCGAAAAAUGUUGGGUGUGAAGAGUUGGGUAAGUUUCAUCAUGACAGGAACAUAAUUAGAAAGACAAAGGAUAAAUUCAGUGGCAACGAGAGCUGGGUAGAUGCGAAGGUGAAGAGGACAUUGAAAGGGGAGAUUGGAAGUAGAACAUGGUUGCAUUAUCAAAAUAAUACUGUAGAUCCAGAGUUAAAAGACUCUUAUGCUUUGAAGGGAAAGUAUAUGUCAAAAACAACAUCUUUGGGGAGAGAUGAUGAAAAUGUUAAAUUGAUGGAUGAAAAAGUGAUUUCGGAAGAUGUCAAGUGUGAAGAGUUGGGUAGAAAUGGUGAUGGAGUAGCUUGGGGUGAAGGUGCAGACAGAGGUAAGCUUCAUUGUGAGGGGAGUGUAAUUAGAAAGUCAAAGGAUAAAUUUAGUGGCAAUGAGAGCUGGGUAGAUGUGAAGGUGAAGAGGACAUUGAAAGGAGAGACAGGAGGUACAAGAUGGUCGCGUUAUCAAAAUAAUACCGUAGAACCAGAGUUACAAGAUUCUUAUUCUGAUGAUGGUAAAAAGCUACAGAAAGCACAAGAUAAUCCUAUGGUAUUGCUCGAUGAUAACGAGAAUGCUAGUAGUGGUAAUAUAACAGCAGGCCUAGUUCAGGGCAAAAUUUCCUCAGAAAUGUUUGGAACAAAAGGGGAAAACUUUGAAAAUGACAAAGUUGUUGCUAGAAGCCAUGUUGUGAGGAAUCACAUCCGAGUUCAGGAAACUAUUGAUGGUGAAUAUUGGCAGAGGAGUGAAAAAUUAACUUAUAGCAGAAGGUACAUCCCUGAAAAAGAUAAUGACAGAAGUUGGGAGAUGGAAAGAGCUACCUUCAAGUUUGUGGAAGAAGGAAAUGAUUUUAUGGACAAGCCAAGAGUUGCACGGGUGGAUAUGGAGGAGAGAAUUCAGAAACUAGCGAGGCAGUUAAAUGGUGCAGAUAUUGAUGUGCCGGAGUGGAUGUUCUCUAAGAUGAUGCGGAGUGCAAGGAUCAGGUUUUCAGAUAAUUCAAUAUUGAGGGUUAUCCAGAUAUUGGGUAAAUUGAGAAACUGGAGGCGGGUUCUUCAAGUAAUUGAGUGGCUGCAGAUGCGAGAACGCUUCAAAUCCCACAGGCUCAAAUUCAUUUACACAACUGCACUUAAUGUACUUGGAAAGGCAAGGAGACCUGUGGAGGCACUCAAUGUAUUUCAUGCAAUGCAGCAACAAAUGUCCUCAUAUCCAGACUUGGUGGCUUAUCACAGCAUUGCUGUCACUCUGGGACAGGCUGGCCAUAUUAGGGAACUUUUUGAUGUGAUAGAUACCAUGCGAUCUCUUCCCAAGAAAAAGUUCAGAACUGGAAUACAUGAGGGAUGGGACCCACGACUGAAACCUGAUAUUGUUGUCUACAAUGCGGUCUUAAAUGGUUGUGUCAAGCGGAAAAACUGGGAAGGAGUAUUUUGGGUUUUGCAGCAAAUAAAAGAAAAAGGUCAGAAGCCUUCUGCUUCAACAUAUGGACUGGUUAUGGAGCUUUACUCAUUUCAAUUGCGUCAAUCAUCAGGAAAAUGUGACAAUUUACAUCCAACAAUAUUUUUGCGUAAGCAGGUGAUGUUGGCAUGUGGCAAGUACAACUUGGUGCAUGAAUUUUUCAGGAAAGUGCAGAAGUCCUUUAUUCCAAGUGCUUUAGUAUAUAAAGUUCUUGUGAAUACUCUUUGGAGAGAAGGUAAAAUAAAUGAGGCUGUUUUGGCUGUUCAAGACAUGGAAAAACAAGGAAUUGUGGGUUCAGCUGCUCUUUAUUAUGACCUUGCAAGAUGUCUUUGUAGUGCUGGGAGGUGCCAAGAAGCACUAAUGCAGAUAGAGAAGAUAUGUAAGGUGGCAAACAAGCCUUUGGUGGUAACUUAUACUGGAUUAAUUCAAGCUUGUUUGGACUCUGGGAACAUUGAAAAUGCUGCUGAGAUAUUCAACCAAAUGAAGGAUUUCUGCUCUCUGAAUCUUGUUACUUGCAACAUAAUGCUGAAAGCUUAUCUGGAAAAUGGUUUCUUUCAGGAAGCAAAGAAGCUCUUCCAGCAGAUGUCUGAAGAUAGCAGCCAUUAUAGCCAGGAAACUGAUAACAGGGGUCAAGUGGUACCGGAUAUCUACACGCUCAACACCAUGUUAGAUGCAUGCAUUGUGGAGAAUAGAUGGGAUGAGCUUGAACAUGUAUUUAAAAAAAUGCUGCAGCAUGGAUUCCAUUUCAAUGCAAAACGCCAUGUCCGAAAGAAAUUGGAUGCUUCAAGAGCUGGAAGGGUAGAGCUACUGGAAACAACUUGGAAGCACCUUGCACAGGUGAACCGGGUACCCCCAUCUCCUCUCAUCAAAGAGCGGUUUUGAAUCUUUGUCGAGAAAGAAGACUACAUUUCUGCUCUUGUAUAACCAGUCAUCCAGUUAGUGAUCUACUAGAGUUUUCCAAGAUUGCAUGGAUGAAUUUAUUCAAGGAAAAUUCUCAAGGUUUGAAGGACAAUACUCUUGUUCACUUAAUACACAAGGCAAGUAUCCGAACCACUGGAAUUGAUUCAAUGAAUUCAGUUUUGCAUAAUCUUAUAUCAUCCUGUAAAGAAUUUUUGAGGACUCACACCAGAGCUCCUAAAAUUAUAGGUAGACAAACUCUUAAUGCAGGUGCCUGAAACAUGGAAAUAUAUAUAUAUAUAUAUUUAUAUGUAACAAUAAAGCAUGAAUUGAUGUCACCUUAUCAAGUGAUUUAAUAAUUCAUUAACAUGUACAUUCAUUGAA